AUGAAUGCAAACCUCGCCAAGCUGCUCGAAGAAACUAAAACCAAUCUCAUGAUCCCAAAGACUCUCCAAACGCUCGCCGAAGCAAAGAAGAAUCCCGCGGCCCCCGGCGCACUUGACAACUUCGUUGUCGGCCUCUCGGUGUCUGCCCUCAUGAUUGGCCUGCAGGAGCUCCUCAAGCCCAAGGUCGCCGAAGCUUACGGUCUCACCGAGGCCAUGCCUACCUAUUGUGAGAUUGUGGCGCCCACGGGGGCUGAAGAGGUGGACAUUGUUACGAAUAUAAUCAAGGGAGCGACAAUGUUCGGUGAAUGUGAAGAUCCAACGCCGGGGAAUCUCCCGACAAUGCCAGCAUCAGGCGUAGACCACAGAGGCACGAUAAAUCAACCCGGGAGCGGGCUCCCGGCCGAAAUUAUAACCCCGGAGGCCGUGGUGGAGGAACUGAGAGCAAGCCAGGCCAAUAUGGACGAGAUCAUCAAAGACCAGCUCCAAGCAUCCAAGGAUCAGCUUCGGCGUGUCUCGCAGCAUCUCAAGUUGGAGACAUUGCGGGACAACGUCACUGUUGGCGCGGAGCGAAUCAAUCGAGUACACCUGCCCAGAUUCCCGCUCCCGGCGAAACUGAACCUGGAUACAAUGCGGGCGAGCAUACCAAAGGAUGCGAUGAAGUGGUUGCAGCAAUUGGGCAAGGCGAUGCAAGUCAUGGAUAUUUAUAUCCAGGCCGAGCUGAACUUUUGGCAUGCUGCCGCACGAGCGAAUGCCGCCGAGUUGGAAGCAUGGCAGCGCGGCGAGACUCCAAGGGCCCCGGCCACUGCAUCGUAUUUCCGGGUGAUUGAGUCUGCGCCGAAGUAG